AUGCGGCGCCUACAAUCCUAUGGCGGCUCCAUCCCGCUCAGUAUAGACUCGGAGACCGUGAACGAGAUGGCGAGAAAUCUCGCCACGGCCGUCAUCACGGACAAAACCGUCAACCGGUACACCGUCAAUAACCAAAUCUCACCCACCCGCGUUUUCACCGUCGUCUUGGAGGAUAUUGGCGAGGAUUGGCAGGGUCUUCGAGAGAUUAACAACUACCAGCUCAGCUCGCUUCAAGAUGUAAUCGCCGGCUCCAUUGACUAUCUAGCGCGUGAGGGCGCUGUGUCUUGUUUGAACGACCUUAACCGCGUCAACGACUAUUCGACCGGCUAUGCUUACAUUAAGGGUCUCAUCUGGAACUCGGAGCCCCUGACGGCCAUGAAAACCGACCUCUGCAACUAUGGUAGCACGAGCACCACGCGGCGCGCCGUCGAAAAUGCUACCUCGCUAGACGUGCCCGUGACGGAAGAGCUCUGGUUGAGACGGAUCACAGGACAGACGGACCCCAACCUAACACCAGCUAAGAACAAUGGAAUACUGUCAAUAGGCCACGUACUAGAAGUUAUUCAAUCCGGAGGGGCCAGAUUUGAGUACUAUCACUGGUUUCGCUACGGCAGCGGGGGUCAGGGCGAGCAAAUCGAGCUAGAAGAGGGCCUGUCCGCCGGAAUUCUAGCUGCUGCAGGCGGAUUGACCGUUAAAAACAAAUUCGUCUCCAACAGGAGGUGGUAUGAUACUACCUAA